GCAGAACCUGGCCGCUCAGUGUCAGCUCAAUACUGCGCUAUAUUUUCCAUACACCACAUCAGUGAUUUCAGCUGGAAACGCGCGUCACCUAAUUCGUUCACCUCUUGCUUCUUUCUCCCUGUCUAGGUGAAAUGCAAAAUAAAAUAAAAUAAAAAACAACAACAGUGGCGAGAGGAGAAGCGCACUCGUCCUGGGCACAGCGUGAGAAGACCCAGUCCUUUUGGGGAGAACACCACACGCUGCUUGUCCUGUCCACAUCAGCCCGACAGGAGAGGGAAGAGACGGGACCUCUGCGCUGUGAAGAGUCGGUCCCCGUGCGGUGCAGCAGUGCGCGGAGAGCAGCCACAGGAGGACAUCUCGGAAGGUGGAGGAUAUUUUACGCACAGCAGCACUCCGGUAGCCCUGUUUGACACGCGGCCACUUACCGGGAGUCUCCUGCUCCGUUUGGGACUCAACACAGUCGCUUCACCUCUUGGUCGGAUUUGCACUUGACAAAGUCCACAUGAUGGAUUCCUUCAUCCUGGCGGCUCUGGCGGUGUGCUCUCUAACGGCACCAGCCUGUGGGGACAAAGGGACCAGCAAAGCUCGGAGUUGUUCGGAUAUCAGGCAGUUUUAUAGCGGGAAAGGAUUCGCUCUGGAUGGUGUCCCUCAGUCUGAAAUAUCAGGGGAGCAUCUGCGCAUCUGCCCCCAGGGUUACACCUGCUGCACCAGUGAGAUAGAGGGGAACUUGGCCGUGCUGAGCCUCAGGGAGAUGGAGGCACUCCUCAAAGAGGCCGGCCGAUCCUUACAGAACUCUCUCACCGGACAGUACAAGGCCUUCGAUGGUUACUUCCUGGAGCUGCUGAACCGCUCUGCGAUUGGUCUACAGGAGACUUUCACUCAAACUUGGGGCUUGCUGUACCUCCAGACCUCCCAGGUCUUCUCUGACCUGUACACGGAUCUGAGGCACUACUACCGAGGCUCCAACGUCAACCUGGAAGAGGUGCUGAACGAGUUCUGGGCCCGGCUGCUGGAGAAGCUCUUCUACCAGGCAAACAAGCAGUAUUCCAUCGGUGAGGACUACCUGGAGUGCGUGUCUAAGCAGAUAGAGACACUGCGGCCCUUCGGAGACACACCCCGUGCCAUGAAGUUGAUGGUCACGCGCACAUUCGUGGCAGCGCGUUCCUUCGUUCAGGGGCUGAAGGUCAGCGGGGACGUCGUGCGCAAAGUGUCCCAGGUGAAGCUGAGCCCGGUGUGCAUGCGGGCCAUGAUGAGGAUGACCUACUGCCCCCACUGCCGUGGCAUGGCCUCCGCCAGACCUUGUGCCAACUACUGCAGCAACGUCAUGAAAGGCUGUCUGGCCAACCAGGCUGACCUCAAUACCGAGUGGAGGCAUCUGGCAGAAACAAUGAUGCAGGUGGCUGGACGCUUUGAUGGCCCGACGGGUGUAGACAACGUGGUCCUCUCCAUCCACAGUCACAUAUCGGAAGCCAUGUUUACCAUGACGGAUAAUAUACAGAGCAUCAACAGCAAGUUGUUCCAGGUGUGUGGCAGCAUCAGAGAGGGAGGAGCCAGCAGCACGGGAAACGAUGACAUCAUGAAGAAAGAGAAGGUUACGGUGGAGGACAGAUCUGAAACCAGCUCCAAAAAAAUUGACAAACUGGUGUCUGAUGUGACCGUGAGUCUGAGGGACAUGCAGCCGUACUGGGUUUCUCUCCCGAGUGUCCUCUGCAGCGACAGAGUUGCCACUGGAUCCGGGGCCGAGGAUAAGUGUUGGAACGGCAUGAAUCGUGCAAGGUACCUUCCUGAGGUGAUGGGGGACGGCCUUGCCAGCCAGAUCAACAACCCUGAAGUGGAAAUCGACAUCACCAAACCAGACAUGACAAUACGGCAACAGAUAAUGCAGCUGAAGAUCAUGACGCACCGCCUGAGGAACGCUCUCAACGGCCAGGAUGUGGACUUUCAGGACGCCAGCGACGAUGCCAGCGGUUCAGGAAGUGGCGUGUGCGCCGACAACGUGUGUCCCCGUGCCCCGCGCCUUGUUGUCCCCGUCACCGACCGGCCCAUGCUCUAUCCCUACCUUCCGGAAAACAGGAAGGUCAAAUCCUCCGGCGUCAGCCACAUCCUCUCCUGCAUCACCACAUACCUGCUUCCACUGCUCAUUCUGCUGCUCCGGCGAUAAUCUACCAACUGGGACUGAGCUUUGGACACAGAGGUUGGGGAGAGUCCGAAAGGGAAGGGAGGAGUUGUUGCGAGUUAGUUACUUUGCCAAAUACUAAAUAAGUAAAAGGAAACGACAACAAAAAUAUCACUCGGAUGGACUUCGUGUUGGUUUUGGAUUAGAACAAAAUGGAUUUACGAGUAUUCAUAAGUGUUUGCGUUCUGCUCUUUUCUUUUCUUUAUUGCUAUGUUAUGACACCAUUAGAGCUGGUCUUUUUCGCAUCUUCUAAUGUUUUGUUUCUGGUGUUUGGGUUUUCUGAGAUUAUAUCUGUACCUAAAACAUGUGUAAGACUAAAUUGCUAACAGUAUGUUGGUGUUGAUACCACAGGGAGAGGGAGAAUGGGCUUUGCAGUGGCGCUCAGAUUUGUAAUUCCACUCCUUAAAAACAGCACUUAUGUUCAGUAGAAUAAUUUAUUGAUGAAUAACUCACAGCAGACCCCAGAGUGGUUUAAUCACUCCCUAAUCUGCACAAACCACAAACUUAAAUGAAAUACAAUAUCGAUGAAUUUUAAAGGGGGAUGAUCUGGACAGCAUGACCCAGCAGACCUCUUCAUGCAUUAAGCGUCAUGGCACCGACAAACACACACACACACACACACUCUCUCUCUCGGCAAGAAAGCGAGCGUCAGCACUUUCUGCCGUUUCAUCACGUGAGCUGUAAUAAAAGCCGUGAUCGCAUUCACACAGACAUGAUCGUCUAAUGUGGGGAGUAACACGACACCGUCCGCCACCCACAUCCAUCCACUCACCCCUACACCCCACCACCACCACCCCCUACACCCCCCACACACACCCCUGCUGGGGCAGAUCUCACUCUCUCUCCAGACCCUGCUGGCUGUGUGGGAUCAAUUCGAGAGUCUGGCGUAAGCAAAAUGCAUGCUGGGCCGGGCCGGGUCUCAGGUGACAGCAGCUUCCCACUAUAGAGCACUGUAUGCGGCAUGGGGAGGGGGGGGCGGCUGUCUUCACAGCUAAGGAUUGAAAGUUUGUGAUUUCAGAAGCCUGGAGCAGAACGGAAAUGUACACAGAAGCACAAGCAGAAACACCAUUGUUCUGUAGCGGCUUUUUUUUUUUUCUUUUUUUUUUUAUGUGCACAGCAGAGCAAAGAUAUAAUGUGUUUUUUAUGCUCUCUUCAAAGCCCCAGUGCUCCUGUGAUUAGCAUCAUAAAUGCAACUUGCGAUAUAUUGUGUUUUUGUCUAAUUGCGAGCGUUGAUCCAUAUCACAGUAAAAAGACACACCACGCACGUCUUUCAAUCGUCCGACUAUUUGAACGGCAGAGACCCCGCAGUGUACAUAUUUAUACUUCUUCUUUGUGGUUUUCUAGAAAGAAAAUAGCCAAAUUAAGUAUCGACAUUUUAUAACAGCCGGAUCAUUGUGUGCUAUAACUCUCGUGUCAUUCACCAUCUGUCAUCGCGUAUUCAUAUCUGUCUUCCAUUUUUUCUGCAACUUUUCUCAAUCAGUGCCUCUUCAAUCCCAACCCCCGAGUUCCUCAACCCCCCCGCCCCCCCCCCCCCCCCCCCCAGCUCAUCAGUCAUAACGACCUUUAAAGUGUUCCUCAUGCUUCUACAAUAUGACAAUGACACAGUGCUUCAUUAGGUGUCAACCUUACUGGGAAUGGUGUGGGAAUGCAGUGCGAGGCUUUUCCUGACGCUGGCAACACACACCACAUUUUAAUGCAAAGAAAAGUCCGAGCUCUCAUUUAGGAACGCCGUGUGCAGGGCGAUGGGGAGACGCUAGCAUGUGUGUUCAUGUAUGUGUGUGUUUGUGUGUGAAUGUGUGGACAUUGAUCGAUGGAGGAAAAAAUGGUCGGACUAUGGAGGCUUUAUGGAUUGUUUGGAAGUCACAGUAAUGACAUGUAUUGAAAUAUAUGGACGGACAUUGUUCGACAGCAAUGGGAGAUUAAUGUAGCUCGUUUUUCAAAAAUGGGAUUUUCCAAAUGGUACUUUGUUAACUCCUAAUCGGAUUGAUGGUAUCUCUGCUAGUCAGUAUUGUAAAGGUAUUGUAUAUAUGUGUAAAUGGGCACAUGUUUUAAAAUACACAAUUGCUUCAGUUGUACAAUGUUAUUAUCAAAUAAUAGGUGCGUUUAGGUUUUAUUCACUUCAUGAAAACAUCACUAUUUGCUCCUGACACUUUGAUAAUACUGCAGAUCCUAUUCAGUUGUUGGGGGCUCUGUCAAAGUUUGAGAAGCGCAUCUGUUUUGAUUCUAGGUUAAUUACCCUGCUGAAAAUGGGUGUUGUCAUAAUUGUUACCUGACAUGUUACCUUGGACAUAUUUUCCAGUUUUUGACAUGCCUAAUUAACGAAUUAAUGAAUGCUGAGUGUCGGUGUGCGGGUGUCUGUCUUUCUGUUAGUUCCCGACAAAAUAAAUCUGCCUGUGACUGCCUGCGACACUUUGUCUGAGGCUGGGGUCCAUUUUUCAAUUCUAAAAGUCCAGUAGUGCGGGAGAAACAUACACCACAUAUUUUGAACAAAGAAGAAUUAGUAAGUGCACCACGUGGGUCUUCUUUUUGUAACCCCUCGAGAGAGAGAUCAAAUUAAUCUGCAAACGAACACGAAAGUCCACACAGCCCAGUAAAGAAUGGGAAAUGACUCCAACUGUGAUGGUGACAUUCCAAUUCAAAGACGACUACGGCUCACAACUUCAGUUUCAAUGACUGCCUCACAAUGUCAGCGGCUGAAAUUUGCACAACCCCCUUUCUCUCCUUCUCCACCUUUUGAUCUCGUUAAUUUGUUGCUCAUAGUCCCCCCUCCCUUUUAUAAAACCUGCACUUUUAUGAGGCCAAUAAAUGGUACUGUCUGCACAAAGACGUCACAAGAUGGCCGAUCAAUGCGCGAGUCAACACCUUCCAGUAACGACUGUAGAUUGGGGAUGUGCGUAUGCAGAUAGAUGAGGCCCAGCGAGACGUCUCCUGUUCAACGAUGGAGGAACGGUGUAAUAACAGAGCCCCUGAGUGUGAGAGGAGGCAGGGGAAACGUUUGUCCAGAGUGCUGAUCUCAAAUCAGCGUAUGCACCUCAAACCCUGCUCUCAUUCAUUAGGUGGCAAACAUGCAAAGCUGGAGAUACCAUUUACAGAAGGCUUUAUUCUACACUGAGUUGAACACGAGAGGGAUUUUCUUAAAGGUGCCAAUAUAUGAGGAAAUAAAAGUCCUUUUUCAUUCUCUUUUUAUGUACUUUGGUUUUUGUUGUUUUCAGAAAUCUAUGGAAAGUAUGUGCUUAUGGUGAAGAUUGAUGCCAGAAAGAGGUUUGAAAAAUACAAAUGUCUCAUUUGCUGUUGUACCUGAAAUACUGUGUCAAUUCUAUACAUUGUGAGAUUUUCAA